AUGUUGGGCAAGAAGUUCCUCAAGAACCCAUUCCACAAACCAGCCUCGGACGUUCCAAAGGAGGCAUACAACUGGAGGCUAUGGUUUGCCGUGUUGACCUUCUCUCUCCUGGGCGCCGCCCGUGGAUUCGACGAAGGUCUGAUCGGAACGACAGCCUCGCAGAAGUCGUUUUCCAAUCUCUUCCAUCUCAAAGAUCCCUCGCUGUCCAAGUCUGAGCAAGCCAACCGUCUGAGCAACAUCACCUCGAUGGUGCAGAUUGGUUGCGUGCUUGGUGCUAUGGUCGCCUUCUUCAUGGCUGAUCGUCUCGGACGUCUGUGGGCGGCGAGGCAGCUCAUCUUCUUCUGGGUUGUCGGACUCGCCAUCUUCAUCUCAGCGGGAGCCAACGGCAGCCUCGGACAGGUCUAUGCAGGUCGUUUCAUCGCUGGAGUCGGCAUCGGCCAGACUGCUGUCGUUGGACCUGCGUAUCUGGCUGAGAUUGCACCUUAUCCCAUUCGUGGGCUGGUCGUCGGCUUCUUUGCAGGUGCAUCAUACCUCGGAAUCAUGAUCGGCUACUUCGCCUCGUAUGGUAGUUCUCUUCACAUCUCCAACAACAGCCAGGCACAGUGGAUCAUUCCAAACUCAACUCCAUUGUAUGUCGCAGCCAUCAUCUUCGUCCUGAGCUGGUUCCAGCCUGAAUCUCCACGAUGGCUCGUCAAAAGGGGUCGCAUCGAAGACGCACGACACGCGCUGGCUACAAUCCGCCAGCUACCUGUGGACGACCUCUACAUCGCCAGAGAGAUUGCAGACAUCUCUGAGCAACUCGAACAGGAGCAGGAAGCAACAAUGGGCACCAGCAAGUUCGGCCUCGUCCGUGAACUUUUCCUGAUCCCCAGCAACCGAUACAGACUCUGGUUGUCCUUUGGUGCUCAGGUCCUCUCGCAGUGGAGCGGUGCUGGAUCCAUUACCGUCUAUGCGCCACAGUUCUUCUCCAUCGUUGGUGUUAAGGGCUCGUCCGAAGGCCUACUCUCGACGGCUAUUCUCGGUAUCGUCAAGUUUGUCAGCUCGCUCAUCAGCGCUAUCCUGCUGGUCGACAUCGCCGGUCGAAAGCCAGCUCUCUGCACCGGCAUUACCAUCCAGCUCGUCGCUAUGACCUACAUGGCCCUGUUCCUGACAAUCGACCCCUCCGUUGGCACUGCGGGUGCUGUCCAGUCACCUAGUCAGAAGCACGCGGCCACCGGUGCCAUCGCUAUGAUCUACUUUUCAGGUUUCGGCUGGGCGUUGGGAUGGAACUCCCUCCAGUACCUCAUCAACGCCGAAAUCUACCCCCUGAGGAUCAGAGCGUUGGGCAGCAGUAUUGCGAUGACCCUCCACUUCGCAAAUCAGUACGGCAGCAACAAGGCAAUCACAGAGAUGUUCUUGGCGCUCACAACAGCUGGGACCAUGUGGUUCUUCGCUGCGGUCACUCUGCUCGGUCUUGUAUGGGUAUGGUUCUUCCUGCCUGAGGCAACCGGCCGUACGCUUGAGGAGAUCGACGCAUUGUUUGAAUUGCCUUGGUACAAGAUUGGACGACAGAAACGUACUCCUCCUCCGGCGAGGGGUGUCUAUGGCGAAUAUGUUAUCGAUGAAAAGGAGCCAAGGGCACAAGCUCAUGUGGAGGACGCGAACGUCAAGGCUUGA